AUGCUAUGUGCCACAGGCCGCUACUGCGUUAGUUUCAGCACCAGGAAUAGCUUCACUAGCGGUGUUCCUCCCACGUUUCGAAAAUUAUCCAGAUCUUACAAGGUUUUGGCGAUCGAAACCAGCUGCGAUGACACCUGUGUGGCGAUUUUGGAUCGUAAAAGUCGCGAGGAAGCACCCCAAGUGCUGACGCAUUUAAAAGACACUCUUGACAGCGGGCGAGAUGGAGGAAUAAUACCUACACGGGCCCAUCUGCACCAUCAACAAAAAAUUGGGCCUUUGGUGCAGAAGGCACUGACAACAACGAAUUCACUCGGUGAAAUAGACUUGGUGUGUGUCACUAGAGGCCCUGGAAUGCCUGGAUCUCUCUCAGGGGGUCUCGACUUUGCAAAGGGUCUCGCUGUAGCAUGGAAUAAACCUCUAAUAGGUGUGCAUCACAUGCUGGGCCAUCUGCUGGUCCCGCGUAUGCAACAUAAUGGUGCCAAACCACAGUUCCCGUUUGCGAGUCUUCUUGUCAGCGGUGGCCAUACUCUUGUUGUCCUCUCAAAAUCUUUAAGCGAGCACGAAGUCCUCUGCGAUACCAUGGAUAUCGCUAUUGGCGAUUCACUGGAUAAGUGUGCGCGAGAAAUCGGAAUUCAAGGCAUCAUGAUUGCCAAAUGCAUGGAAACCUUCAUUGAUGAUAACCUGGAAGAUGCUCGUAGUGGCGCUUUUCCAAUGGUCCUCCCCUCGCCGCUCCGUAACCAAAACGGACGCAUAAAUUUGCAGAAAUUCUCUUUUGCUCCCUUUCUGACUGCUGUACGCCAAAACCUGCAGAAGGAUAUUCAUCUGUACACUGAUCGCGAAAGGAGAUCGAUGGCGUACCAAAUCCAGGAGUCGUUGUUUGAUCAUUUGGUUACUAAACUAAAACUUGUCAUUCGCAUAAGACCCGAAAUUUUCCAACACGUCCGGCAAUUAGUAUGCUCUGGCGGUGUAGGAGCCAAUAAAAGGCUUCAGCAAAAACUUGAAACCGAUCUGGUAAACCAUUUCGAUGAAAUUUACUAUCCUGAGCCCUCUUUAUGUACUGAUAACGCAGUUAUGAUCGGAUGGGCUGGAAUAGAACUCCACGAACUACUUGGCCUUACGACAAAUCUCGACACGAGUCCCAUCAAAAAAUGGCCAAUUGAUGAGUUACUUCAACCUCCCGGUUGGAUCCAGCUUUGUAAAUAG